ACAAACGAACUCGUACGUGGUACUAAAGUCUGCACCAAGCUUUAGGUCGUCGAACCAUGUCCAAGGAGGAGGUGAUCGCCGGCGGCGACACGGCCGACGUGGCCGUGGAGAAGGCGCCCUACUGGGACCCGCCGCCGGCCCCGCUGCUGGACACGAGCGAGCUGACCCGGUGGUCGCUGUACCGCGCGGUCAUCGCCGAGUUCGUGGCCACGCUCAUCUUCCUCUACGUCAGCCUCGCCACCGUCAUCGGCUACAAGAGCCAGUCCGCCGCCCAGCCGGGCACCGGCGUCGGGUACCUCGGCGUCGCCUGGGCCUUCGGCGCCACCAUCUUCGUCCUCGUCUACUGCACCGGCGGCGUCUCAGGUGGCCACAUCAACCCGGCGGUGACGUUCGGGCUGUUCGUGGGGAGGAAGCUGUCGCUGGUGCGCACGGUGCUGUACAUCGUGGCGCAGUGCCUCGGCGCCAUCUGCGGCGCCGGCAUGGUGAAGGGGAUCGCGGGGGCCAGCUACGAGACCCUCGGCGGCGGCGCGAACUCGGUGGCCGACGGCGUCUCGGUCGGGGCAGGGCUCGGCGCGGAGAUCGCCGGCACGUUCGUGCUGGUGUACACCGUGCUCUCCGCCACCGACCCCAAGCGCACCGCGCGCGACUCCUUCAUCCCCGUGCUGGUGCCGCUGCCCAUCGGCUUUGCCGUGUUCAUCGUGCACCUGGCCACCAUACCCAUCACCGGCACCGGCAUCAACCCGGCCAGGAGCCUCGGCGCCGCCGUCAUGUACAACCAGCACAAGGCAUGGAAGGACCACUGGAUAUUCUGGGUGGGGCCGCUCCUCGGCGCGACGGUGGCUGCGUUGUACCACCGGUUCGUGCUGCGCGGCGAGGCCGCCAAGGCGCUGGGCUCGUUCAGGAGCACCGGCGCCGCCACCGCACGAACCUAAUCAUACUGCGUGUGAUCGGUCGAAGCUCGUUGAUGCAUAUCCUGGCUCUAAUUUAAUUUGGUUGGUUAUAUAACUAUAUAUUCGUGAUGUAUGCCUCGAUCGUGAAAUUAUAUUGUGUUGAACCGCGUAGCUUUGCAUGGGCAUGCAUGCAUGUGGCGUCUGUAUUGUUUUCUCCAUUUUUGCGCGUCUGUACUUGAUUAACUUGCCCAGCUGUGUGAGGUUGUCCGUGAAUAAUUACCACCCUAACACAUGUUUAUAUGUGGAUGUGAAAGAAGAGGGAGAAUAAUAGUAUUUUUUUUUGGAGA